AUGUUAGUCUUUGCAUGGAACUGUUGGGGGUUAGGGAAUGACCCAACAGUUCAAACUCUGAAAUCUUUCCUAAGGAGCUCUAAACCUGAUAUUGUUUUUCUCUCAGAAACAAAGUUAUCUGAAGCUUCUCCUCAUUCCAUUCUUAAUAGAUUUGGAACAAAUAGAAGUCAAUUUUGGCAAAGCUUAUCGGUUUAUUCUCAACAUGUAUCUGGACCUAAAUGCUUUAUUGGAGACUUUACUGCUCUCUCUUCUGUUAGAGAAAAAUUUGGAGGUGAUCAAUCUUUAAACACAACAAUAACCCAAUUUAACAGCUUCAUUCAUGAAAAUCAUCUGUUGGAUUUGGGUUUCUCUGGUCCCGCUUAUACCUGGUGUAACGGCAGGCAGUUUCAAAGCCUAAUAAGAGAGAGACUCGACAGAGUCAUUGCAACUCCAGAUUGGUAUUUAAUGUUUGAGAAAUCUGGUGUUCUUCAUCUGCCGAGAAUCUCAAGUGAUCACUCACCUAUUCUUCUCAACACUUGUAGAAACAUAGAAAGAAAUCCACCUUCCUACAGAUUUAAAGCAUACUGGUGUACACAUCCUGAUUUUCUCAAAGUUGUUUUGGAAAGCUGGAAUAUCAAUCUCUCUGCAGACUUGAUAUCGAAACUUACUUCUCUUGGAAAAUUCCUCAAAAACUGGAGUAAAAAUAAGAUAGGAUGUAUAAGAAAUAAAAUCAGGAAACUCAAGAAAAGAUUACUUCAUCUCCAAUCAUUACCUCCUAACCCUAAUGUUAUUCGUCAAGAAAAAGCUACAACAUCUCAAUUGAAUGAUUACAUCAUUAUGGAGGCUACUUAUUGGGAACAAAUAAUGAAGCAGGAUAUUGCUGAGGAACUUAUUAUAUUCUUUGAAACAUUGUUCCAAGAAGACAUAAACAUUCAACCUCCUUCACAUUUACAAGUUUCUUCUUAUUCUAUGGGUACUGAAGAAAAUUAUUCCUUAUCUACUAUCCCUUCCGGUGAAGAAAUUUGGAAAAUUAUCAAGAAUAUGAAUUCUUUAGGCUCUCCGGGGCCAGAUGGAUUCCCUGUUCUUUUCUAUAGAAAAGGUUGGACAAUUGUAGGAGAAGACACUACUCAGUUCAUUCAGCAGAUUUUUAACACAGGGGAGAUCCAAACUAAAAUUCUAGCUGUCAGACUUAGUCCUUUUUUGAGUCACUUUAUCUCUUGGUCUCGGAAUGCAUUUGUUAAGUAUAGGCAGAUAAUUGAUAAUGUUGUUAUCGCAAAAGAGUUAUUUCAUUCUAUGAAUAAGUCUAAAUCUAAACAAGGAUUCUUUGCUCUUAUAUUGGACAUGUCAAAGGCAUAUGAUCGUGUCUCUUGGUCUUUCUUGAGUUUUAUGCUUCAUCAAAUGGGUAUACAUGCGCAUUCUCACAAUUUGAUUACGAGCUGUUUUACUUCUCCUACUUUUUCUAUUCUUUUGAAUGGUGCUCCGAUCAAUGUUCAUGCUCCAACAAUAAGUCAUCUAAUGUUCGUUGAUGACUUAUUCUUCUUUGGAAACAAUUCUGAAUCAAAUGUGGAUCAUCUUAAGCAUAUUUUGGAUACUUAUUCUUCGUUCUCAGGGCAGAUAAUAAAUUAUACGAAGUCUUCUAUUCAUUUCAGCAAAGGUACUUCUACUUCUAAUAGAUGGAUUUCAAUCCAGAAAUUAGGUGUCAGGGAAAUGGAAAAAGAUGAAAAAUAUUUAGGCACAUACCCUUUGAAAUCAGAUUGUAGUAUUGAAACCUUUGAACCUUUGAAUUCAAAAUUUGAUUCCAAGUUAGCAGGUUGGAGGAAUUUCUUCGUCAUCCUAGCAGGAAGAAUUGUUCUAUCAAAAAGUGUUCUAUCAACAGUACCAAAUUAUACUAUGGGUACUUGCAUUCUUCCUAAGGGAAUCACUAAAGAGCUUUCUCGUACUCAAAGGGCCUUCUGGUGGGGUCAUGAUAUAAAUACUAGAAAAGCUCACUUUAUUAAAUGGGAUAAAGUGGAAAGACCUAAACAAGAUGGUGGAUUAGGCAUUUGA